AGGACUACAUUUCCCAGCAACCCAUUGGGUUGCAGGCAGGAAUUGGGGGUUCCUGGUUCUGAUUCUCUAUUCUUAACUCUAUGGCUGGAGUAAGAAGAAAUUAGGAAGAUGUACAGAUUUAGCAGAGUAGGAGUGAGGCUUCUGGUCCGGGGGAGCAACGGAUCCUCGACACUGCAGAAAGGUUUUGCUGUCACUGCCCCAGUGAAGUCAUAUGAUGUGAGAAGAGUUGAAAUAACGCCACUGGAGCAAAGAAAAUUCACCUUUGACACCCAUAACCUAGUGCGAGAUCUAGAGGCACAUGGAUUUGGGAAAGAACAGGCUGAAACCAUUGUGACAACAUUGGCAUCUUUGUCUGGCGUUAGCCUGGAUACUGUCUACAAAGAUAUGGUGACUCAGGCUCAGCAGGAAAUAACAUUGCAGCAGAUAAUGACUCAUUUGGACUCCAUUCGGAAGGACAUGGUCAUUCUUGAGAAGAGCGAAUUUGCCAACCUGAGAGCAGAGAAUGAGAAAAUGAAGAUUGAAUUGGAUCAAGUUAAACAGCAGCUAAUGAAUGAAACCAAUCAGAUCCGAGCUGAAAACAAGCUAGACAUAAACUUGGAGAGAAGCAGGGUAACUGACAUGUUCACGGAUCAAGAGAAAAAGCUCAUGGAAGCCACAACAGAGUUUCAUAAAAAAGAUUCGAGCACCAACAGUUCCGUCACUGGAGUCAGCAAUAAAAUGGAUGCCGAAAUUGCUGCCCUGAAAACACUCAUGGAAUCGAAUAAACUGGACACUAUACGUUAUUUGGCAGCCUCUGUUUUCACUUGCCUUGCAAUCGCCCUGGGGUUUUAUCGGUUCUGGAAAUAAAAAAAGGCCACCCUCCAGGAGCAAGAACAGAACAAACACUUUUUGAUUCAACUGACACCGUCCCUUGGAUAACACGCCUCCAGCAGACGCUUUCAGAGCCUUUUGUGUUCGGUAUUGAUUUUUAACGAAUAACCAGGCACAAUAGACUGAGCAAGGGUGGCUUCAUUCAUGUUGCUCAGAACUAGUGUGGGGUUCCCUUGUACUCACAGCCAAAAGAUCAAGGGGACAUUUAAAAAAAAUCCGAAAAGAACUUACUUGAUGGCUAGAAUCAACAUGAUGUAUGUGUCUUUUCUUCCUCCAACAGCGUGCACACACACACACACACACUCCCAGCUGGAGCCCCCCAGUUCCUUUGUGUCUGCCUGAGUGAUCUGCAAUUCAGUGGAGAGAACCGUUGAUGGAGAAAUGACCUUAUAGCCCAUGGAUGGAGAACUCUGCUGCCCUCCAGAUGUUGCUGAGAACGACAACUCCCAUCAGCCCUGGCCAUUGGCCAUGCUGACUGGGGGGCGCCGAUGAGAGUCCCACAACAACUGAAAGGCCGCAGGUUCCCCCAUCCCUGCUUAGACACUCCCUCUCCAAUACGUGUGCGUUGUCAUUUGUGCACGCGUGUAACACCACCACUCGUUCAGCUCUGAGGUAGAAACAUGGAUGAUGUGCAAGCGCAAGGUGUUCCCCUCAAAGUGUAAACACAAGGACAGGGAGCCGGUGGCCCUCCAAACGCUGUUGGGCUGCCAACUCCCAUCAGCCCCUGUCAGCAUGGCCAAUGGCCAGGGCUGAUGGGAAUUCUAGGCCAGCAACACAUGAAGGGCCACAGGUGCCCCACACCUGGUGUAACAUAACAGAAUUAUUGUAUCUUUUAAUUGCUGUAAACCGCCCAGAGAGCUUCGGCUAUGGGGCGGUAUAUAAAUGUAAUAAAUAAAUAAAAUAAAAUAAAUUUUACUAUACAGUAGAGCCCAGUUGGAAAACCCCCGCCAGAUGUUGCUGGCCUACAACAUCCGUCAUCUCUCACCAUUGGCCAUGCUGGCUGGGGCUAAUGGGAGAUGAGAGUUCAACAAUAGCUGGAGCGGCCCAGGUUCCAGGUACAAGGAUAGAAAGCUGCCUUAUACCAUUCAUCCAUCUAGUUUAGUAUUGCCUCCUCUGACUGGCAGCAGCUCUCUAGGAUCUCAGGCUAGGCGAUCCUUUUACUCUGAGACGCCAGAGAUUGUACCUGGGACCUUCCUACCUGCAAAGGGUUUGCUCUGAGCUAUGGGCCUUCCGUUCUUUUUCAAGUAAAAAAGAAAAAUGUGCCUUAGCUUCAGACUAAGGAAGCAUCUGCACAUAAGGAAUUUCAGAUCGAUAGCCAUGUUACCAAGAGUAAGGGGACCAUAUUGGUUUCACAGUGCCCCGCUGCCCUCUGUUUCCUCGAGGCCUAGUGAAAAGAAUUUCAGAGCAUGGUAACUAAACUGAGGCGCUUGGUCUUUGGAGCAAUGAUUCUCUGAGACCUGGAGUGCCUUAAUCAUAGAGUGAAUAGGUACCACAAAGGUCAUGUAGCGCAAUCCCCAGCCAGUGCAGAGAGUCCCCUACUACAAUAUCCAUCCUCUCCUUACAAACCCCUAACGGAGAAAAAUGGUCGUCUUCAUAGGAAGCUGCCUAAUCCCAUUGGUCCAUCUAGCUCAGUAGUGUCUGCACUGCUUGGCAGCAGCUCUUUGGGAUUUCUGGCAGUGGACGUUCCCAACCAGGAGCUGAACUUGGGACCUUCUGCAUGCAAGGCAGAUGCUCUGCCACUGAACUAGGGUCCUUCAUCUGUUUCAAGACGGCUACCGUCUUUUGUCCUGGCGAAAUAUACCCAUGAAGGCUCCUUUUCUGUUCUUGGUUUAGGGGUUUUUUUAUUGUAAAGAAAAAACCGCAGCUCAGGUUAUGAUCCUCCCCUCCAGUAAUAUUACCUGUGUGUUCUGUUCAUAAAGUAUUUAAAAGACACACAUAGACACCCCUGUGAAAGUGCGUUGAAGGAUCUGUGUUGAGUCUCCUUGAUGUGUUUCCCCACGUGGCUUCCUCUGCAUGAAGCAGGCUUUUUGUUCUGCCAUCUGUCCCAGGCCCACCUACCAAGUGCGCCUCUUUAAUAGCUCUGUUUCUUCCUCUGCCCCGCUGCGCAAGUGAAGGGCCCCAGCUCUGUGGCAGGCCAUCUGCCUUGCAAGCAGAAGGUCCCAGGUUCAGUCCCUGGCAUCUCCAGAUAGGGUUCGGAAAGGACUCCUGCCUGAAGCUUUGGACAGCUGCUGCCAGUCAGUGUAGGUAAUACUGAGCCAGUGGUCUGACUCAUUAUCAGUCAGCUUCUUAUUGUUGCAAAAGUGCUACAAGGGCUUUGCACAGUUGGCUCCUCGCCUUUCCCACUAAGGCUGUCAUCCUGUGCACCAUUUGUGGAUGUAAGAAGUUGCCUUAUACCUGGUUGGACUAUUUGUCUGUCUCGCCUAUAGCUGUCUACUCUUGAAGGUCUCAGGCAGGGGUAUUUCUCAUCACCUGGCCUCCCUUUCUAACUGUACAUGGCAGGGAUUGAACCUGGAACCUUUGGCAUGCAAACUGGAUGUACUCUACCAUUGAGCUCCAACGCCUGCUCAACUUCUCUGGAAGUAGGCUGCAUUUAAUACCAUGGGGCUUACUUCUGAGCAAAUGUGCCGAAAGGACGGCUGUGCAGCUUCAGUCCUAAACAAGCUUAUUAAGCUCUCUUGUGUAGGGACUGUUCGCUCAUAGUCAGAUUUAAGGCAGUCUCCCGUAACCAGAUGAAAGGCGAGACAGGGUUUCAUACAGGUGAGUGAUCAGGCUCUCCUGGGCCCAGCACAAUAACCAGGGAAGCUUCCAAGGAGAGAAGCUCCUUCCUCCAUGCCGAGUGUAGCGAUGCAGUGGGUGAACGGCAGGUAGGAUGCAGCUGCCUGUGCCAGCCCCCAGCAAGCUAGCAAACUUUUUUUCCCCAGGCUAGUGAGUUCUGGGAUGAUUUACAAGGCUGUGAAAAACCUAUCCAACCUGUAGCAUUUAAGGGAAACUUUCUCUUGGAAUGGGAUCGUAGUGCUGAGGGCAGGAGUGUCUAACAUGGUGCCCAAGGGCACACAAGCACCCACAGAGAUCUCCCCUGGUGCCUGCUGCUGAGGCUUGAAAGAAGCAUUUCAUAGUAAGGGUGUACUUGGUUGCAGGGGCCAGCAGGUGGUUGCCCACAACCGUUGUUCAGGUUGGCAAAUGUGUCCAUGGGCUCAAAAUGAUAGGCAAUCCCUGGUGUAGAGGGACUGCUUUUGCCAUAUUUAUCUUUGAAAAUGUCUUCAGAAGAACCAGGUCAAUAAAUGGGAAAUGUCUUGCUGAGCUUCCCCUGUAUAUUUAUACUGUUAACCAAAAGUGGGGAUCCUUUGGCCCUCCAGAUGCCUUUCGGCUGCCUUCACCCAUAAUCAUCAAUAACUAAGGUUUAUGGGAAUUCUAGGCCAAGAACAUCUGGAGGGGUACAAGGUCCCCCCCUCCCUGAUGUAAUACAUAUUUUAAGAAGGGGGUUGUUGCCAUUUUUCUUGGGUGGGUGUGGGGGAGCCAAAUAUUUCUAGAAGGCAUUCUUUUGGCAGUGCCUUUUCCCCUCAGCUCAGCUUUCCCCAUCUGUGUGCGGCAUCCAGCUUGCAGUAACUCACAGAUCUUACCUGUCCAUAAGUGAAAUAUUGCUGUGAUCACAGCCUCUCCAGACAAGAUGGCAGAUUCCUUAAAUGCAUUUUGGGUGCUGGGGGACGAAGGGCCUGUAUAUAGCAGCAGUUUUAAAUAAUACAAAUAAAUGCAUAUUCACAGAAGGGUGUUUCAGUGAAACGGAGGCUAUUGAAUUUAUUAUCAAAUACAAUGGCACCAGGAGCAUGGAAUUCUAGAGAAACAGCUCUUUAUUGGGCCUCAGCUCCUGAAUGCUUCAAACUAUUGUAGUUUUGAUUUGAAACGCCUUAAAAGUUUUCAGAGUGCCAUUGUGGUGUAGUGGUUAAGGUGUUGGACUACGACCUGGGAGACCAGGGUUCGAAUCCCCACACAGCCAUGAAGCUCACUGGGUGACCUUGGGCCAGUCACUGCCUCUCAGAGGAAGGCAAUGGUAAACCCCCUCUGAAUACCACUUACCAUGAAAAUCCUAUUCAUAGGGUCAUCAUAAGUCAGGAUCGACUUGAAAGCAGUCCAUUCCCAUUUUUCAAAAGUUUUCAGUGUUUGGGUUCUGGUGUCCCCAAGAGGCCACAGGCGGGAUCACUUCCUGGCUAUAAUUUGACCAGUGUUGGAUGCUUGCAUUUUUUAAAAAGAAUAAAUAAAUAAAAAUGCUCCUUUUCUGCUGGUAUUUGUGUGGAGUGGUGCAGGGGUGUGUCCAGCUGCCGUAAGCAAGGUAACUAGGCUUGGCACAUAGUGGUGCAUGACAAGGGCCAAAUUGACUUGAUGUUGAGUUACGUAAACAGCAGCCUCUGGACUUCAGAGGCUGGAGAGGAGGUGUUAACUCGAUGGUCUCAACAAAAAACACCUCUCUGCAAUCUGCUGUCUUUAAAGCAAAGCCUCCCUCCAUUGGUCCCAGUGCUAAGGGAUGAUGGGAGUUCUAGUCCAGCAACAUCCCUGGGUUACUCUUCCCUGAUGGACCCAAAGAGCUGCCUGUGUUUUGGGGCUCCCUGGGGGGGCGGGGGGGCUUUGGGAACUGUUGUGAUUAUUUCCUGUCAAAAAUUCACCACUACACCUCUGGUGGAUCUCUAGUUUAAUUCCAGUUAUAGAAUUUAUAACAGUCUGCUGGCGUUCUAGUGCUUGUUGAUAUGAUGGAUUAUUUUAUUGAUUUCAGUCUGUUUAGCUGCUGUUGUUGUUUUGUACGCUUUAUUACUGUGUUUAAUGCUGAACUUGUUUCUAUGUUUGUAAGCCAGUUCAGGAAUGUUGACUGAGAAAAAGAUUAAAAGAUUCCUGACUGGGACUGGUGGGAAUUGGAAUCUAGCAACUUCUGGAGAGCCACAGGCUUCCUAUCCCUGCUCUAAGGUAAUAUGAAACAGUGGUAUUCACGCAGGAUGAAUUGAUGGAGAAUAUAAUUUCCACUGUAGUGCAGCACGUUCAUUAGUUUUGAGUAGCUGAGGGCCUGGUUACAGCACUGUUAAUUGAGGCUCGUUCAUGUUGUGAAUCUGCUGGGAAGCAACUGCUUUUUCCCCCCAACAGAAUCCAUCACCCUCUCGUAUCCACAACAUGCCUGGAUGAUCCUUUGUUUCCCCUUUAGUAUCUUCUCACAAACACUCCGCUGGGGCUGAAGAAAGGCUUUUUCUUCAGUUUCUUUUUCUCUUUCCCAAUUUCUGAGACGGCUUUGCUGGAAUCAGAGCCCCCUUUGCCAGAUUCGGAAUCCUCCUGCAGAAGCAACAUUGAAAAUGUUAGCCCACUGAUGUGCUAAUCGAUAGGGGGUGGUAUUAAAUAUCAGUAAAAACACGAACGUUGGCCUGGUUUGCACAUAAUGCUAAACCAAGGAAGGGGAGCCUCCAGCCCACAGGCAAAGUUUGGCCCACAAGGCUGUUUUCCCCAAACCAAGGGCGCCUGCCCUACAUCUGACAUCAUACUGUAUGUCGCAUCACGUAUGGGGCAGGUAGAGUCACGGCUGGAUUGGCUCAGUUGGGAACUUGAUUGUGUAGCCAAUCCCAGUGCUGGCAAAGCCCCAUCCACUGCAGUUCCCAAGCACCUCACAACCAGCUGGCUGUUGAGUGCUUGGGAAGUGCUGCACAAGGAACUUUUGACAGGCGAGUUGUCCCACCCACCUGUCAAAGUUGGCCCAGACUGGAGGAGGAAGAUAACAAUCUGACCCACCAUGUCAAAUGGUUUCCUCACCCGUGCGCUAAACCAUGGUUUAGAGCCCGGCCCGGCAACUUAACUUGAGUUUGUUAACUAUGGUUAACGCUCACUCCUUAACAAAGAUUUGUAGAUAGUUUAUAAACCUCAGUUAAUGUAAACCAUAGCUUAGUGUUACAUGCAAACUCAAACCUCCUCGGCUAUGGUUAAAAAAAUUGCUUUCAAGGCUCAGCUGCUUGCUGGUGCUUUUAACUAUUCUGGGAUGUCAUAAACCAUGUCAUGAUCUGCCAGAUGCCUCAUUUUUAACUACAGUGAAUAUUAACCAUGGCUUAGUUCUGUGUGUGAUCCAGGGCAAUGCUAGGUGUUGAACUAGGAUUGUAAAGGCUUAAGGCUGCAGCGAUUAAAGCCUCCUUGGUAUAGUUUCCAGAGAAGAAAUAACUGCUUGCUCUUCUAAUUUUAGUUUUGCACACCAGUUUAACAGGAUUGUAAAGUCAGAAAGCAUUUCUUGACCUCUACAGCUUCAGGCUGGGACUGGGAGGUAAUCUGCAAGGGGCCAGACAUGCCAAAAGAGAUCAAAAGCGCCUUGCACACAGAAAGAUAGCAUGUCUAAGGGAAGAGGCCUCACUAACAUAUACCAUCAGCCAGAGCUUAGAAAGUUACUUUUUUUGAACUACAACUCCCAUCAGCCCAAUCCAGUGGCCAUGCUGGCUGGGGCUGAUGGGAGCUGUAGUUUAAAAAAGUAACUUUUCCGAGCUCUGCCAUCAGCUACUGUGAAAGUACUCAUGUCAAGGGCAGUAAUUGCUACGUUUUUCCAUGUAAGCUGCCCUACACUUACACUGUGAAGCGGAAGGGGGGAAUUUUUCCCCUCCAUAUGUUGCUGAACUAUAGCUCCUACCAUCCUUGGCCAUGCUGGCUCAGGCUGAUAGGCUUGAAGACGAACAACAUCUGGAGGGUUACCAGUUCCCCAUAAAUAUAGAGUAGUUUACAUAGGAAAUCAAUUACUUCCCUAGACGUUUGGAACAGCAGCCUUAAUCUUUCCAUGUAUUGACCUGGUGCUUUCAAAGGGGAACCUGUGGUCAUCCAGGUGCUCCAAUUUCCUUGGCCCCCAACAGCAUGGCCAAUGGUCCGGCACAUCGGGAGGGCUACAGGUUCCCCAGCCCUGGCCUGAGGGAUUCUUUCAGUCAGAGCUACCAAGUUCUGGAGCAGAAGGCAUUUUCUAUACUUUUUUGAAGAAGCUGGCCUUUGGAAAGGAGAGAUGCAACUGUUUUAAACGUGAGUGAUUGUGUGCACUUUAAAUACAUUAUUAAGUGAGCACUCUGUGGACUGGACUCUUCCUAGAGAUGAGCAGACACCCCCUCAUAGUUCACUGUGGCAAUUCUGACAUAGUUUUGUCUUGUCUCUGCUUGAAAUCCAAUGUCGGUGGCUGGAUUCUGUGUAUGUGUCGUUCCUAGAUUUUAGAUUGGUCUGUAUAUUGAAUUGAAGGGUGGGCAGGAAAGCUCUUUAUGGGAGGUAGGCAUGUCGGAGAAUUCCAACGAAAAUGGGAAUAGGGGCUGAAAUUGUCGGUGCUCAGUUAUUCAUCCCAUGUCCAGAAUGGAAAUCAAUCCAAUGAAUAUAAGCAGUGUUCUUAUUAUUACUUCCAUGAUAUGUAAUUGAUUACUCCCCCCCUAUUUGCAUUGCAUUUCCUUUGCACUGAAAUUAAAUGGGGUGG